GUUUUCUUGUGUUUUACCAGUUUUCCUGGGCCUCAGGGUUUCGGCAGCGUUUCGGGUGGCAUUAAACGCUUUGUUGUGGCUCUUCCCUCAGGCUGGCGAGGGGCUGGCAGGCAGGAGGCAGCAGAUCAGGGCUCCGUGCAGAGUCAGAGGGGACGGGGCAGCCGUGGGCCACAAGCUCAGCUGAAGGGACUGCAAAAGAUUCAGCUGUAACUCGCCCGCUACGACGAUGGACAGCGAAGUGCAGAGGGAUGGCAGGAUCCUGGAUUUGAUCGAUGAUGCGUGGAGGGAAGAUAAAUUGCCCUACGAGGAUGUGGCCAUCCCUCUGAAUGAGCUUCCUGAACCAGAGCAAGACAAUGGUGGCACAACCGAGUCUGUGAAAGAGCAAGAAAUGAAGUGGACAGAUUUGGCUCUCCAGUAUCUCCAUGAAAACGUUCCGCCCACGGGCAACUAGUGAAUCAGUGAGGUCUCAUGCAGUGGGUGCAUGAAUGCAAGAUAAAAAAUAUUCUUCAGCCGACCAUCGCUGUCAUAGGCUUCUCUAAGGAGGAAACGUCUCUGGAACAGGCUUGGAUUCAAACAGUGGUUCUGCUCAGUGAGCAAACACAGUUUAAAAUCCUUCUGUAAGGAGAGUGAAAUGACAAUGGCUGGCUGACACCUCAGAGCUAAUAUCAGAAUGUUUCUCUUACGGUAAAUUAUUGGACGUCUUCUGUUAAAUUGUUCUUAAGUUGGUGCUGAUUCUGAUCUUAAAUGUUUUCUACCUGUGAUAAAAAAAGUAUUUUUUACUGUCUCAAGUUGUAACUGAUUUCAGAGCUCGCACUGGGAUCACUUCUGACCCCAAAGUCCCAAGAAGUUUUCCUGUGUAGUCCUGUGGCUGGAGUUCAGAGUAUAAAAAUCAAAUGACCCCAA